AUGUAUCUGGUGGGGUUUAACGGAGUGCCUAAAAGAUAUGCUUCUGUGCUCCCAGUGUAUAAAGACAUGAAGUUUGAAGUUUCCAUCAAUCCCAGCGAGAGUGAGUUAGAGGGUGGUAAGCCCUUUACACUAAAAUAUCAAGGAAACCUUCCUGAAGAAGUCCAUUCUGCUUGGGUUUCAUUUGGGAAAACAACACUUGUUGAAGUUACAAAAAUACGCGAAAAGUUCUUAGGCGGACUAGAGAUUCCACCUGGACAGAAGCCAGGUUUUGCUUCUGUUGAGGUUUUCACAGACGACAAGGCUCAUUCCUUGGGAACAACAAGAAUCUUCUAUCUGAGUAAAGAUAGAAGGACAAAGUUGUACCAGCAACUAGUUCACGAUCCAAAUAGACAGACUGAAUUCUUUCAUGAGUGGGCAGCCUCACGUGGAGGUGCUGGAGGAAGUAUGUCUAGCUCACCAAGUUCUUCAAGUCUCGGACUCUGCAAUCAGAGCAAUUCUUCGCAACCAGCUGAUGUACAUGUACUGCAGACUUUAGUUGACACAGCAGCGGAAUGUGAUGCUUUUGAUUUUCUGCACAUGAUCUUUAACACCUCAGCUGGAAAAGUAGUUUUUGAUGCUUACAAAGACAUUUCACCAUUACCUGAAGACACAGCUAAGGUUAAUGGCCAUGAAAAAACAGCACAGUUCCUUAGAGAAGUUUUCCAAAGAUUGUCACAGGAGGAAAAGAAAACAGACAGACGGGCAAAUGAAGUAGACUGGGCAGAACUUGAGAGGGCGGUUAAAACGACCCAAGAACCUCCUAACCUACCCAACAAUGAAAAGGAAACGGCAUUGCACGGAGAUGGUAUUUUUGACAAAUUUGGAUGUCACAUGGCACCUUCUGCAGUAUUCACAGUGAAGCACUGGUUGGAAAAUCAAAAUUUCCCAAAUGAUAAAGGUACUGCCAGUGAAUUGUACUCAUAA